AUGACGGGGCGGUGAGAUGACAUUGGUGCUUGCUCGUCAGUAGGGCAAAACGGUUCGCGUGAUCGAGGUGCCAGUGUAUCCCCGGCAAUCUCGAUGUGAAUCGCGGUUUCUCACUGUCGAAUAUUCGCAGAACCGCGCGAUGACGCUUUCUCUUAUAGUCACACAAUCUUAAUUAUAUUUUUUCGAUUCUCUAAACGUUUAAUCGUGUCACGAGGUCGGCUUUCCAAAUCUGAUUUGACAAAUAACGCGUGAAACAAUGUAAUUUUUAUACCUGUGCAUCGUCCGAAUAGAAUAAUUAAUUUGAGAAAGCGACAAAUGAAGCUGCAUAUGGUUCUCUGUUAACGAAAGCUAGUGAAAUAACUCGAAUCCUGAUAUAGUUCGACAUUGUGAAAAUUAAUAAGAAUGCAUUACGACGGUUUGCAGAAUUGCAAUACGCUGACAAGUGAGCUUAUAUGAAUCAGGAUUUUCUACAUAGCGAGAUCUUUUCGCGAUGAGAAAAAUAUUUAUUAUGUGAUUGUGACAGAGGGAGUGUAUUGUACGUGACGUUGUCGAGACAAUGAUAUUUCGCGAUUUUCGAUUCGGAGCGAAAAAUCCGAUUUAAACUGCGUCGUUUUUUCGUCCGUAUCCAUGGGGUCCCAUUGGAUCGUCAUGCUGGCGAUCUUAUGGUUUAUGCAUCGAGUGGAGAGCAAAGUAACGUGUCGCGAAGUGCAACUGCAUCGUGAUUGCGAGGCGUUAUGCAGCACGAAUCGCGAUGGCGUUAUUUCUUGCGAAUUGAGAAUAGCUGUUCUCCUACCAGCAGAUCCAAGAUUCGAAAUUUCUUUACUUAAGGUUCUUCCGAUUCUUGAUUUAGCAGUGUACGAAGCGAGAUCUCGAAAUUUGCUGCCUCACUGGUUAAAAUUGAAGUUUCUAUCGCAAGAUGACCAUUGCGACGCAAUGUAUGCGCAAAUUGGCGCAAUUGAUAGUUAUUCGCAUUGUGUGCACUUGUUUCUUGGACCGGCAUGCGAUUAUUGCGUUGCGGUCGUUGGCAGAGUCGCAAAAUUCUUUGGCGCACCUUUAAUUACUACGGGAGGCUUCACUUUUGAUUUUACCGAAAAAAAGGUUGAUUGUAAAGAUGAAUACUUUAUGACUACAAGAAUCGGAAAUUUAGCCUUCAGGGACAUCGCCCUUUUUGUAGCUAUAAUGGAUCGGUACGAAUGGCGUAAAGUGCAUCUUGUUUAUGCGACGAAUGGACAAAGUCAAGUUGCUGGUAGGCAUACGUGUCAGCUUAUGAUGAAGUCAAUGGUGGAAUUUAUCAAGAAGGAGCAUAACAUCACUUAUGGUACUUUCGAUGUCGAAGCUACGACCCCGAAUGAUUAUCCAGAUGCUUUGAGAGAUCACGUCGGCAAUUUCUACAGUGGUGAGUGA